CAAGGGGCGCGGCCUUGGCCGUCCCGCAGGCGCCAGCGGGGCGAGGGGCGGCCUGGGAGGGGAGCGGCCGGCGCUGGCGGCAGGGGGGGCGGUGUCGGUGCCCACCCCAGGCGGAGCGCGGCGCGGCGCGGCGCGGGAGGGCAGCGCUGCCCUGUAGCCUGAGGGUGAGGACGCGGGUGCGGAGCCGGCGGGAGCCGCGGAAAGCUAAAGCUUCACAACAACUGUAAUUAGAAUGGACAGCUACUUUAAAGCUGCAGUCUGUGACUUGGACAAGCUACUUGAUGAAUUCGAACAGAAUACAGAUGAAUAUGACUGCUACAGAACACCUCAAAAUCCAUAUGACUCCAAACAGCAUUCGCUUUCUUCAGUUCUGGAUUGCUUACAACAUGCAUACCCAACACCAAAACUGCAAGAGGAUGCUAACAAUUACACUUCCUCAGAAGAAAUCUCUCUAGCUAGCCAUACUGAAACAAGUGAAGCAUUUCUUAGUUACUCACCACAAAAUGAGAAGAGUGUUGCUGGACCUGAUCUUUUGUCCACUGUGGACAGUGGUUCCUUAAAUGAAAUUCAGUCUUCAGACCUGGGAAGGUGUAGUAUACCUCUGUGUGAUCUUGUUAAUGACACAGGUAACUUAAUCCAUGCAGUGGCAGCUCAUGAAGAUACUCAGAAGUUGCAGCCGGAUGAAAGCCAGUACAGUGAAGGUUUGAUUGGCUUUGGCAUAUCUCGCAUACAUGUUCCUACUUGUGUCCCUUCAGCUGGUUGUAGUGAUGUUUCAAGUACAGAGCAGAGUGAUGGGGACUUGAUGCCACGAGAUUCACGACAUCUUAAAACAGAGGAAAUUAAUCAAGUAGUUUUAAAAUCAGACAGUUACGCUACAACAAAGAUCUCGGAUCCAUGUGGUGACCAGCACAGGACAGAAUCUGUAAAGUGCAGUGAAGUAUUUGAUCAGCUUGAACAAACUGCUCACUGUAAUACUGCACAGGUCCCUGUAACAUCACAGGAUUUGAGUGCGUACAGUCCCAAAGAUGAGAAAGUGUAUGAAAAAUUGCCUUGUGAACCACAGGAUGAAAGUGUAUGCUCUGCAGUAAGCAAAGAGAUGUAUGGAAGAAAUGCCAUAGAAAAGAUACUCUCAAAAGAUGAGAGUAAUGUUGAAUCCAUGCCUUCAGAUCUGCCACAGAGGCCUCAGUUUUACAAAAGCCAUGCAGCAUUAUCUGGAAAUUGUGUUUUUCCAGACUCCUCAUGUCAAACAGGAGCUAAAGUAGAAUUGGAAAAGAAAAACACAGACGAGGAUGUAGGUAGCGAAGAGCUUAACAGCAAUGAAAUACUAAACAGUGUUUCAACUUCAUGUAUUUCGGUUGAGGAUGUCCAGACCUCACUGUCAUGUCUUCCCCUUCCUGUAUCUAUAUGUGGUUCAUUAGUUGUAACAGAAGAGAAAGUUAAUGCUCUACCUGAAAAUGAAAUGGCAGAGGUUAUUAGUGAUAUUUUAACUGUUCAUGCUGGAAAGUCUAAAACUGAUCGCUCCAGUAGGGAAUCCUCUGAAAACACAGACUUGUGUGAACAGGAAGAAUAUAUAGCUGAAAGCACUGUGGAAAAAAGUACAGAUGGAGAGAAGUAUGAUACUGAGAAUGUAACAGAUGACAGUGAUUCUCAGCAAAUCAAAGCUUUUGCUUCUGCUUUUCUGGAAUAUGAAGCUGAUCCAUAUGGUGUUGGUAUAGAUUCUUAUUACAAUGAAAUUAUGAGCUCAGAUAUGGCUUACUUUACUGUCGAAGAGAACAUUAUUAAAAGUGAUACCCUAAUAAGUGAUGCUGAGCUUGAUGAUUUCUUGUAUGGACAAAGUCUUCAGUCCAAUGUGUUGAAGCCUUCAGACAAUGAUAGUAACUUAAUGGAAGAUGAUACAGAUGAAGGGAAUUUAACAAAUGUGAACAACCUGGAUUUCACAGGGGUUACUGAAGAACAUAUGCAAGCAAAACUGGAGGAGAUAACGAACAUUAAUAGUAACUGUAAAAUAUCUCUUACUGCCCAUGAAUCGGAAUCUGCAACAGAAGAGAGUAUGUCUUGUAUUCAGGAUGUGACUGAAAGUGGUAGUGAAGCACUAGUUUCUAAUGUUUGUACUGAAGGUGCAAGACCGAAGCAGUUGCUUGGCCUUUCCCAAGGAUCUGCUGGUCAGAGACCACUGAAUAGAACAGAUGUACUUGAGAGAGAAAACAAUAAAGAGAGUUCUGUUACCCUAGAAGCAACACCCUCAGGCACCAGCAUAAAUGUUAGUAAAAAUUCUGACCUUGCGCACUCUGGGGAAAGCAGCUCCGAAGCUGGAGGAAAUCAAACAUCUGAAAACAUAGAAUCAUUUAAAAUACCUACAACUCUCUCACAGAAACAGCCGGUGUGGGUUCCUGAUUCAGAGGCACCCAACUGCAUGAAAUGCCAAGUCAAGUUCACGUUUACAAAAAGAAGACACCACUGUCGUGCAUGUGGAAAGGUUUUUUGUGGUGGCUGUUGUAAAAGAAAAUGUAAACUACAAUACAUGGAGAAGGAAGCAAGAGUCUGUACUGGCUGUUAUGAUGAUAUUAAUAAAGCACAGGCAUUUGAAAGGAUGAUGAAUCCAACUGGUUGUGUCCCCAAUUCUAGUAUCUCCUCUGAGCACUAUUCUGCUGUUCCACCUUUGGAGGAAUCCCAGAUAUCUGGGCUGUGCCCCAAAGAACAGAGGAGAGUUUGGUUUGCAGAUGGUAUUUUGCCAAAUGGCGAAGUGGCAGAUACGACAAAACUUUCAUCUGGAGCAAAGAGAUCGUCACAGGACUUAAGUCCAGUAAACCCUGACUUGCCAGAGAUGCAUAUGGCUGCAAACCCAGAGGAAGAUGACAUAUUAACUGAUGUAAAUCCAAAACUGAAGGAAGAAAUUGAUAUUAUUACAGCAAUGGAGGAAUUACAUGCUUCUGUUUCUUCGGAUGAUGCACAACAGGCUGUUCCAGGCCAGAGUGCAGUGGUACAUAGUUAUAAAUCUGUAACUCUAGAAACAAAAGAGUGUUCUCCUACUGCAGAAGCUGAGAAGACUAGUUCCAGUUCAGUUGAUCAGACUGCAAGUGAUAUGCCUGUUAGUCCUUCAAGUUACAGAGCACUAUGUGGUGUUGAAAACUGUGUUCGUAAAGAUAUCAGCCUUGUUCCUGAUGGUGAUAAACUGCCACCACUUCUGCUUGAAAUGGGUGAAAAAGGAAAAGAUCCUCUAGUGGAAGAACAUCCAUCUCACCAACAGGUCACCCUGCUUCUUGUGGAAGGAGGUCCUAAUCCGUUAACUUUUAUCCUAAAUGCGAACUUGCUUGUAAAUGUCAAGCUAAUAACUUAUUCUUCAGAAAAGUGCUGGUACUUCUCAACAAAUGGAUUACAUGGUUUGGGUCAGGCAGAAAUUAUCAUUCUGUUGCAGUGUUUGCCAGAUGAAGAGAUUUUUCCUAGUGAAAUAUUCAGAUUAUUUAUUGACAUCUAUAAAGAUGCAAUGAAAGGAAGAUUAAUAAGAAACAUGGAAAACAUUACAUUUACUGCAACUUAUCUCAGUAACAAAGAGCACGGAGGAUUCCUGUUUGUUUCACCAACUCUUCAGAAACUUGAUGAUCAAAUUCUGCCAGAAAACCCCUUUCUUUGUGGCAUUCUCAUCCAUAAGCUGGAAAUACCAUGGGCAAAAGUUUUUCCAAUCCGUUUAAUGUUGAGACUGGCAGCAGAAUAUGGGGCAUAUCCAACCCCUGUAGUAAGUUUCAGGCAUCGGAAGCCACUCUUUGGAGAGAUUGGGCACACAAUUAUGAAUCUACUUGUUGACCUUAGAAAUUAUCAGUAUACUUUGCAUACCAUAGACAACCUGUUUGUUCAUGUGGAAAUGGGUAGAAGCUGUAUUAAAAUACCCCUAAGGAAGUAUAAUGAGGUAAUGAAGGUGAUAAAUUCUUCUAAUGAACAUGUGAUUAGUAUUGGAGCAAGUUUUAAUACUGAAGCAGAUUCUCACUUAGUGUGUGUGCAGAAUAAGCAUGGUCUCUAUCACACACAAGCAAUCAGUGCUACUGGACAUCCAAGGAAAGUUACAGGUGCAUGUUUUGUGGUGUUUAAUGGAGCCUUAAAAAUGUCUUCAGGAUUUCUAGCUAAAUCCAGUAUAGUUGAAGAUGGACUAAUGGUACAGAUAACGCCAGAAACGAUGGAAAGUCUACGUCAGGCGUUAAGAGACAAGAAGGACUUUAAAAUAACUUGUGGCAAAACAGAUACAGGAGACAUAAAAGAAUAUGUAGAUAUUUGCUGGGUAGAAAAUGAAGAAAAAACAAACAAAGGAAUUUUAAGCCCCAUCGAUGGAAAAUCAAUGGAAGGAACUCAGAGUGAAAAAAUACUACAAGGCAGAGACAUUGAAAGAGAGGGAAAAGUUAUGAAGUGUACUGAAGUGUACUAUUUUCUAAAGGACCAUGAACUAUCCAGUCCUGUUCAUCACCAGUUUGCUAAAGAAAUUGCUACUGCCUGCAGUACUGCUCUUUGCCCACAGCUUAAAACCUUGAAAAAUAAUGGGAUGAAUAAAAUAGGCCUAAGAGUUUCUAUUGACUCAGAUAUGGUUGAGUACUUAGCUGGAUCUGGAGAUUCCCUUCUUCCACAGAACUAUCUGAAUGAACUGGACAAUGCUCUGAUUCCUGUGAUUCAUGGUGGGAUGUCAGAUCCUGCAAGUCUACCAUUGAAAAUGGAAUUAAUAUUUUUUAUUAUAGAACAUCUGUUUUAAUGAGGCUGAUUACAGGAAAUAUACUGAUUUGCUAGAUCUGAACACCAAAGUUUUAAUUCUACAAACACUAAAAAUGUUAAAGUUUCUAAACCUGUUAUAAUAGAUUUUCAAACUUUUUUAAACCCUUAAAUCCCUCUGGUUACUUUACUGCAAAAGAAUUGUAGUUUGUAAUGUUUCAGAAAGUUCUGAAAGUUUACACUUAAUACAGGUGCGGAAGGGGGCAGGUUUUGUUACCUCUUAAACACAGUUGUAGCAUUUACUAUAUGUAGUGUAACUUUAAGCCAUACAAUCUUGCCUCUUAGCCUGGGAUAAAUGUGUUACUAAAAGUUGCUAUGGUUAGAUCUAAUCUCUGCAGCAUGUGAUUUCCAUGUGCAAUGAGCUAAACACUGAAGCUGGCACAAAACUGUUUUCUUGCCAUUUGAGAUUCAAAUACGAGAUCUUCUGUAGGUGACUGCAAACUUCAUGUGUCUGUACAAAAUACAAGUGACACUUGUUUAUGGUCAGCAUGAGGAAGAAUUUUGCAGGUAUGUUUAUGACGACUUUGUUGAAGUCCUUAAUAUUAGGAUAUUAUGCUGCUGCUUCAGGAACAUAUGCUCUGAAUUAAUUUUUUUACAGAGUAAGUUUUCUUUCUUGUAUUUAUAAGGAUUUAUUGAACUUAAAUGGAUGCUAUUUUUAUAAAUACUGAUGGGUUUGAGUUCAGAAGUCCUGAUGCCAUUUGACCUUUCAAGGAUUAAUAAAAAACCAGAUUACCCAUGACGUAAUCUACAUUUAGCAAUAAAUCAGACAAGAGUUCUGCAAUAUCUUUUCUGUUCCUGUCUACUGCUCUUGCCACCUCUUAGUAGCCACCUGUACUUUCAGGGAGAAUUGAUGUAUUAAGUGUGAAUUUUCACGAACAGAUUGAUUUUUAGUAUACAUGAGGUUCUUGUAUAGUAUGUAUUUUUGAUAUUGGGUCAUUAAAAUCUAUUUAUGUAUUUGUGAUGCAUGUGAUUUGUACUGAGGUUCAGCAAACCAUAGUUGGGGUUUUGUUAACUGUCACACAACUGUUUAUCAAGAACAGAACCAAAACUAAAUAUAUACAAAAUCUGUAUUGUUUUCAGUAAAAAUGCUGGUACUAUUUUAUAAUGAGACUAUGAAAACUUCGAUGCCUUCUUGAUGCUAAAUAGGGGAUAUCUUAUGUUUUUGUAUCAAAAACAAUUUGUAACUUAAUCUGAUCUGCCGUGCUCCUACCUGUGCUUGAAAAUACCAGUUCUAGAAGAGUUCAAGGCUUCAAGAUCGUAUCCUGGAGGAAACCGAGGCAGCGUUUGAGCUAAUUAACGUAACGUCCUCAGAGAAACUGCAGUUCUGGAGGAGAGCUGAGGACUGCGCCUCGCGCAGGACGAACCAAACCUGUCGCUGCAGCCGGACCGUCAAGGGAACCGCAGCAGAAAGGUGACAGCAGCGAGGGGCUGCCCGGGGUGGCUGUACGCCCACCCCCCCGCGCCGCGCUGCCUGCGCGUGGGGAUAACCGGAGCAACGGCUGGCUCUGCCCACUUACCCUGUACUAACUCCCUUUAACUGAUGAUCAGUAAAGAAAGUUAACUAAAAUGCUUGACGCUUUACCUCA